AUGGGCCCCUCCAAAAAGGCCGCGAAAGCCUCCUCCCAGAGUCAGAGUCGCGGCGGCAGCAAAAACGACCCCAAAAAAUCUUCGAGGGGUACAACAACUACUCGGGGCAAGCACCAGCACCGGCCGCAGAAUCAUGGUGCUGAAUCGGCCGCCGCAAAUCAGAUCGAUCUCUCCGCGACCAUCCCGCUGACCCUCCAGCAACUGCUCCUGAACGUCUUCAAGGCGGCCUUGCUCACGCAUCGAGUGCCUAGCAGCAUUAGCAGCAGCAGCAGUCGCUCUGAGAAACGCGAUGGCGAUGGCGAGGGUGAGGGUGAGGGUGACGAGGCUGAGCAACAGCAGCAGCAGCAGCCCCAACUGGACAUCAAAGGCCUCAUCCAGACCAUCAAGUCGCAUCUGUACAAUCGGGACUUCGACUCGGCGUUUACGGACGCCGAUGAGGAGCUCCUGCGUGCGUAUGCUCUGCGCUGGAGCUCGUCGCGCGCGUUGGGCUAUGCGGGCAUCUUUAGGGCUUUGUUGGGGGUGCUGUUGAAGCGUGAGGGUCGGGUUGCUGGCGCUACUACUUCGGCGGUUGAUGGUGAUGAUGCGGAGGAGGGGGAGGAGGGGGUUAGCGGUCAUGUGGUUUGUAUUGGUGGCGGCGCGGGGGCUGAGAUCGUUGCCCUUGCAGCUGCUUGGAGGGAUUGGAAGCAAGAAGGAGCACGAACCCUCGCUGCUGCUGUGGAUGAUCUCUCUUUGCACGAGACGAAUGGACCGGAGGCUCAGGCUACUGCCACGGUCGAGGAAUCGUCGACACCCGAUGGACGACAACAACAACAACAACAACACCAACAACGCCACCGGCUCUCCGUCACAGCCAUCGACAUCGCGGACUGGUCGCCCAUCGUCGACCGACUGGUCUCCACCAUCCGGUCUCCCGCCGUCGCGGGGUCGGACGCGCAUCCCGCUCCUUUGUAUCGAGACGCGGGGCUGCUCAGCCUAAGCCAGACCGAUAAUCGUGGUCCGGCCCCGAGCAGCAGCUUCCAGGUGGGCUUCCAGAAGCUGGACGUCCUUUCGGCCUCGGAGGAGGAGCUGCGGAGGCUGGUACAGCCGGACACUGCCAGCGGCCCCGUCCUGGUGACGCUGAUGUUCACGCUGAACGAGCUGUUUUCGACCUCCAUGGCCAAAGCCACGGGCUUUCUGCUGCGGCUCACGGACAUGCUGCGGCCGGGUGCGGUGCUGCUCGUGGUCGACAGCCCCGGUAGCUAUUCUACGUUGAAACUCGGGAAGAACAGCGCCGGUGGCUCGGGCGAGUCGACGAGUAGCAGCACGUCGGAACGACAGUAUCCGAUGAAAUUCCUGCUGGAUCAUGCGCUGCUCUCCGUCGCGGCGGGGAAGUGGGAUCGGCUGUUCUCGCAGGACUCGCGCUGGUGGAGGCGCGAUGCGGCGCGGCUGCGGUAUGGUGUGGGGGAUGCGGCGGGCUUGGAGGAUAUGAGGUUUCAGGUGCAUAUCUAUCGCCGCUUGGCGGAUUGA